AUGACUAUAACAGCAAGAAUUUUGGGUCAGUUUUUCCCAGAAACCCUGUUUUUUAUUCCAAUGAAUGUAUUUUCCAUGGCAUUUUGCCUAUCCUGACUCGUGUUUAUUUACCCCGUAAAAUGGGCCCCAUCUCGAUUCCAAUCUAUUUGGCUUGGUUUUCGGAGAAACAUCUUAGAAAUGAUUUUCCAGAAAACCAGACCUAAAACUGCCCCUUGGGCAGGCUUAAUAGCAGGAGUCUUCGUCCUUAUUUUACUUGUUAACGUCUUGGGCCUUUUUCCCCCUUAUGCUUUUCAAAGGCCCACAAGAAACAUAUCCUUGACCUACAGACUAGGUUUUCCUCUUUGAAUGGCAAUAAAAAUUCUAGGUUUCUACCUUGCAUUUAAAAGCCGACUAAGCCAUUUGGUUCCACAGGGAACACCAAGCGCACUAAUACCAUUAAUGGUCUGAAUAGAAACACUAAGUCUAUUUGCGCAACCCAUAGCCCUAGGCCUACGACUUGCUGCUAACCUCACAGCUGGCCACUUGCUAAUUUUUCUUCUAUCGACAGCUAUAUGGCUACUUUCUUCCAGUUUGAUGAUUAGGGUCCCAAUCCUUAUUAUUUUUAUUUUAUUAUUUGUGCUAGAAAUAGGAGUAGCCUGCAUCCAAGCAUAUGUAUUCACUGCUCUAAUUCAUUUCUACCUACAACAGAACAUUUAA